AUGGGCGACUUCCUGUUCUCGAGAGCACUCUGCUUUCUGCUCUGUCUUUUUGUUGGCGUCAGCGCUGAGAUCCCACACUAUCGGAGGUACUUCUUUGCCGGAGGCAAAUAUGUUACCGUAGGGAGCGGCGACUAUCUGAUUAAUCAGAUGUACGUGGAGGAAUUGAAACCAUUGCUCGUUCUCAAGCAAAAUCCCAUCGUCUUUGUACACGGGCUUGGCCAGACAGGCACUAACUGGCUCAACACUCCCGACGGCCGCCAGGGCUGGGCUUCGUACUUUCUCGCGCGGGGCUACGUCGUGUAUCUUGUGGAUACCCCCGAUCGAGCCCGUUCAACAUGGAACCCAGUGGAAAAUACGACGUUAGUUCCCUUCUCUGCAGCGGUCUUCUCAACACGGUUUACCGCGCCCGAAAAGUUCCCCAUCACCCCCAGUUAUCCCAACGCCGCCGAUCAUACACAAUGGCCUGGCACCGGCCUCAAAGGAGAUCCUAUAUUUGAUCAAUAUUUCGCCUCCACAGUACCAUCGAUUAUGGAUUUAGCAUCGGCUCAGCACACCCUCCAAGACGCUGGCGCGGCACUUCUUACGAAAAUUGGGAAGAAGUGCAUCCUGAUCGGCCAUUCCCAGGGUGCCUUCGGACCGUGGGUCAUGGCUGAUGCAGCUCCUCAGUUUGUGCAUUCGAUCGUUGUGCUCGAGGCAGCAGGGCCGCCAUUUGUUGAACCUGCCGUGAACGGCGGCGGGCCGGCAAGAAUGUGGGGAGUGACUGAUAUUCCGCUCACCUAUGACCCUCCAGUAACGGACCCGGCCACUCAAAUUUUCAAGAAAAUCAUUCCGCCAACUUCGCCGGAGCAGAUUGAAUGCACAAUCCAGGAUGAAUCUCAGGGACCACCCAAACAGCUGAAGAACUUGGCCAUGGUAGAGGGCGGUGUGUUGGUGGUUACCUCGCAAGCCAGCUGGCAUAUCCAAUAUGAUUGGUGUACGGCGAAAUUCUUAAAUCAGGCAGGAGUGGCGGCCAGGCAUGUGCUGUUGAGCGAUCACAACAUUAACGGGAAUGGGCACAUGCUCCAACUAGAGAAGAAUAGCGAUGAUAUUGCCAACAUCAUUAGGUUGUGGCUGGAUGGGAAUUUGCAAUAA